AGAAACUGACUUGCGUGACACCAUCGAAAAGGUUUCCUUGCUUAGAAAUCCAUUCAACAGGAGAAAACAAACCAGUCUAUACAAAGAGGAAGAAAAUAGAGAACAGAAGUUUGUAGGAUUCUGAGGAAAGGAGGAGAGCUUUAGAACUUUUGGUAGAGGAAGAAAUGCAGAAUCCAACGCAGACAUGGGAGCAGCAGCAGCAAAUUCUGCGUACCAGGAACUCCAGCCAGAGUGUCAGAAACAGCCCAACGAAGGAAGAACGAGAAGACGAUGAGACAUCAAGGUCAGCUCUCUCCGAAUUCCGAGCAAAGGAAGAACAGAUUGAGAAGAAGAAAAUGGAGGUCAGAGAGAAGGUGUUUGCUCAACUGGGAAGGGUGGAAGAAGAAACCAAGCGCUUGGCAGAGAUCCGGGAAGAACUUGAAGCAAUGGCGGAUCCGAAAAGAAAGGAAGUUGCAGCUGUACGCAAAAAAAUCGAUGCAGUCAACCGUGAUCUAAAGCCUCUUGGACAAAGCUGCCUGAAAAAGGAAAAGGAGUACAAAGAAGCUCUUGAGGCAUUCAAUGAGAAGAACAAGGAGAAGGCUCAAUUAAUCAAUAAAUUAAUGGAGCUGGUCAGCGAAAGCGAACGACUAAGGAUGAAAAAACUGGAGGAGUUGAGCAAAACAAUAGACUCUCUUUGCUAAGCCAAUCUGCUGGUGCUACCAAGGAGCCAGACCCGUGUGAUUUUUAUUUCAGAUGAUUGUAGAUUCCACUGGUGUUUUUGAUUGGGACAUGAAAUUAUUGUUUGUUUUGUUAUGUUGCUUUGGUUUGCUGAGUGCUUUUUGAUGAUUUAGGUAGGGACUUGCUCUCCACACAAGUCUGUAAUUGUAAAGAAAACUAUAGCAACCUUUCCAUGUAUUCAUGAAAAGAUUUCCUUGCCUGUUUUAUGGAAA